CCUAGACCCAAUGAGUUGGGCUGUAUGGAUUCUUUCCUAGAAAAUCUCAAGGAACUAGCAAGGUGUGAUGAGGCUGACGAUUCAAUUGGUUUUCAACAGGAUAGAAUCCAAAUGAUCCAAAAAGAUCUCGUAAUUUUAAGAUCUUUCCUGAAAAAUAUCAAGGAGCAGCGCCAUCAGAAUGGAAAACUUCAAGCUUUCUGGAGUCAUGUUAUGGAAGCUGCUUACAAGGCAGAGUUACUGAUUGACUUGGCACUUGUUGGUGAUAAAUGUGAAGAUUCUUUGGAUGCUGUUUCUAGAGAUAUCAAUCUUUUGAAGAUUGAUGCCCCUGAGAUCCAUAAUGGUCAAACCCAAAGAGUUAACAAGACUUCCCUUCAAAUACCAUCACAACUUGCUGCCGCCAUGCACGACGAAGAUCUGGUAGGUCUUGACGAUGAGGUGGAAACUCUUAGUCAUCGGCUUACGAGAGGAUCAAAGCAAUUGGAUGUUGUUCCCAUUGUGGGUAUGCCAGGCCUUGGUAAGACCACAUUAGCCAAUAAAGUUUAUAAUGCUCCUUCAGUUAGGUCACAUUUCCAUGUUCGUCGUUGGUGUCGUGUUUCUCAAACAUAUAGCAUACGCAGUUUGUUAGUUGAGCUUUUGUGUAGUAGUUCUUCUGAGAGUUCUGAUGAAUAUCAUAAGAUGGAUGAAAAUGAUUUGGCCAUGAAGCUAAGGCAGGUUUUGCUGAGAAGUAGGUAUCUCCUUUUUUUGGAUGACUUGUGGGACGUUGAGGCAUGGAAUUUGUUGAAAAAAUCACUGCCGAAUGAUGCCAAUGGAAGCAGAAUUCUCUUCACCAGCAGAUGCCAGGAUUUAUCUUUGCAUUUCGAACCUAAUAGCGAGCCUCACCAUCUCCGUCAUCUUACUGACGAAGAGAGUUGGACAUUGCUGCAGAGAAAGCUAUUUGGCACGGAAGAUUGUCCUGCAGCACUAAGUGAAGUUGGAUCUCAAAUAGCAAAACUUUGUCGGGGCUUACCCCUUGCAGUUGUCCUUGUUGCUGGAAUUCUUGCUACUACUGCAAAAGAUAGGUGGGAAGAAGUUGCAAAAAGUCUAAGUUCUAUUGUCCUUGGGGAUGAAUACUGCAUGAAGACACUUGAGCUGAGUUAUAGUCAUUUACCAGAUUAUUUGAAGCCAUGCCUUCUGUACUUUGCUGCAUUUAAAGAAGAUGAGGUUAUUAAUGUGCGAAGGUUGUUACGGCUUUGGAUCUCUGAAAGAUUCGUGCAACAGGCUGAAGGAAAGAGAGUAGAGGAAGCAGCUCAUGACUACUUUGUGGCUCUAGUUAAUAGAAGUUUAGUUAAGGGUGUCGGACAAAGAACUGUGGGUGGUGCCAAAGCCUGUCUACUUCAUGAUUUGGUACACGAGUUUUGUGUGAAAAAAGCCAAAGAAGAAAGUUUUCUAUAUGAUGUUCAUACUUGGAACCCUCUUGGGCUUACUGGACCAAGCAACCCCCACCGAGUUUGUGUCCGCAAUACCAGAGAAUUGAAGAUUUGGGAGUUAACGCUUAUAUUUCCCAAUUUACGCUCUUUGAUCUUGUUUAGACAAGAUUAUUUUAAACAUGAAGAGGAGGAUUUGGGUAUUUUGUUACCUAAACUUCUCAGAGUGUUGGAUUUUCGGAGUUUGCACUUUCGUUACAAUUCUUUCCCAAUCGAAGUAGUAUUGCUUGUUCACUUGAGGUACCUGGCGCUCAAAGGAGUAACAUACAUCCCAUCUGCGAUAGCCAACCUCUUAAGGUUAGAAACUCUUAUCGUAGAUUAUCCGAGUUUGGGUAUUGAGCUGCCAAGUACUAUUUGGAACAUUAAGACAUUGAGUCAUCUACUUGUUAUAAAUUAUCAUGGAGUAUGGCGAAGGGGUUUUAUUUUUCCAGUUGAAAAUCUUGAAGUAUCCCCAGAUUUAGAUCGUUUGGACACUUUAAACCUUGCAGUUGAUCCCUCUCCUCAAAGCUUGCAAAAGAUACUGAGAAAGUUACCAAGCAUUCGCAGGUUAAAAUGUAUGGAACACCGGGGCGGAUCAAGAGAAGCUACCAGAAAUUGCAACGAGAUUCUUGAGUUUGACAGUUUGAGUCAACUGGAAUCACUUUAUUUGUAUGGUUUUCACGGAUGUGGAUUCAAAUUCCCAUUGAAUUUGAAAAAGUUGACUCUCUCAUAUAAUGCUCAGCCAUGGAGUGAAAUUUCAACAAUUGGAAAGUUGCCCAAUCUUGAAGUGCUUAAAUUACUUGAUCACAGCUUUCCCUAACCUCCGAGUCUUAAAAUUGUCAAGGUUGAAAUUUCGCAACUGGACUGCAUUUUCUGAUAAUUUUUCCCGCCUUGUGAAAUUGGUCUUGCACCGAUGUAAGGAGCUGGAAAAGGUCCCUUCCUGUUUAGGGGAGUGUGAGACUCUUGAAAUGAUUGUGGUGGAAAAUUGUCCUGAGUCUGUUGUAGAUUCUGUAAAGCAAAUUCAACAAGAGCAGAUGGACAUGGGAAAUGAGGUUCUAAAGAUCGAAAUUCAUUCCAUUCCUUAGAAGAAGAGUCUAAAGAAGCAGAGUCAAUUCCCUCAGAAGCAGAGGAGGUUUCUUCAGAAAGAGAGUCUGUAUCCUCUCAUCACGCAGUUGGCAAUUGUGAGAGUGAAUGUACAGUGGGAUUCCACUCAUCAGAGCAGGUUUCCUCAGAAGGUGAAGACUGAAACAUUUAUGUCUCUCCUUGAUUUGGUGUGGUCAUUCCUUCCACUCAUCAGGGGCAAGCACAGUCAUGCAUUCUAUCAAGCCAACAUUAUCCAUCAUAAUCUGUUUGUAAAAUGUUCUCCAUGUUCUUUUCUGGUUUGAUGUUUAAUAGUGUUUAUGAUCCAUCACAAUCUUGUUUGUAAAAUAUUCUCCAAGUUCUUUUCUGAUUUGAUGUUUAAUAGUGUUCUUGAUCCCAAUUCUUCAAACAUUCUCAUUGCUAUAUAGUAGCCACUCGCAUUUCUUU